UGGGGCUCGAGCCAGGCUCUCACGCACGCUGGGAAGGCACUGUUCAAGAGAUACACUCUCAGAUCCUCGGAAAGCAGUUUCUGAAAUCAAAAGUGAUUGUAGAGUACGUUCGAAUUUCUAUAGAGGCUUAGUUUGGAGCAAUGCCGUAAGCCUCCAGAGCCCUAGAUGUCGCUGUGACUAUACGGUAGGCGUGAGCCUGAAUCUCUGUGGUUAUAAAGUUGGGGGGGCGGAGAAACCAAGAGCAGCUGGGGAAUGAUGGCUGAUGAAGAGGAAGAAGCUAAGCACAUCUUGCAGAAAUUGCAGGAACUGGUGGAUCAGCUCUACUCAUUUCGAGACUGCUAUUUUGAGACACACAGUGUUGAGGAUGCUGGGCGGAAGCAGCAGGAUGUGCGUGAGGAGAUGGAGAAGACCCUGCAGCAGAUGGAGGCAGCAUCUGGCUCUAUCCAGGGCAAGGCACAGACUCUCAUGCUAACAGGGAAGGCACUGAAUGUGACUCCUGAGUACAGCUCUAAGGCUGAGGAGCUUCUGUCGAAGGCUGUGAAGCUGGAACCUGAGCUGGUGGAAGCUUGGAACCAGCUGGGUGAGGUCUACUGGAAGAAAGGGGAUGUUGCAGCUGCCCACACCUGCUUCUCAGGAGCCCUCACCCAUUGCAAGAACAAAGUGUCCCUACAAAAUCUGUCAAUGGUGCUUCGCCAGCUGCGGACUGACAGUGGAGAUGAACAUUCUCACCAUGUCAUGGACAGCGUCCGACAAGCUAAGUUAGCUGUGCAGAUGGAUAUCCUGGAUGGCCGCUCCUGGUAUAUCCUGGGGAAUGCAUACCUUUCUCUUUACUUCAAUACUGGCCAGAACCCUAAGAUCUCCCAGCAAGCCCUCAGUGCCUAUGCCCGAGCAGAGAAGGUGGACAGGAAAGCAUCCAGCAAUCCUGACCUUCAUCUGAAUAGGGCAACGCUACAUAAAUAUGAAGAGAGUUAUGGGGAGGCCCUGGAGGGCUUCUCUCGGGCUGCAGCACUGGACCCUGCCUGGCCAGAGCCCCAGCAGCGAGAGCAACAACUCCUGGAAUUCCUCAGUAAACUAACCAGUCUCCUGGAAAGCAAGGGAAAGAUGAAGGCCAAAAAACUGCAGAGCAUGCUGGGAAGCUUGCGUCCAGCCCAUCUCGGCCCUUGUGGUGAUGGACACUAUCAGUCAGCCUCGGGGCAGAAGGUAACCCUGGAGCUCAAGCCCCUGAGUGCCUUGCAGCCUGGUGUGAACAGUGGAGCUGUGGUCCUGGGAAAGGUGGUGUUUAGCCUAACUACAGAGGAGAAAGUCCCCUUUACAUUUGGCUUGGUAGAUUCAGACGGGCCUUGUUAUGCAGUGAUGGUGUAUAAUAUAGUGCAGAGCUGGGGAGUUCUCAUUGGGGACUCGGUCGCCAUCCCUGAGCCCAACCUUCGGCUUCACCAAAUUCAGCACAAGGGAAAGGACUAUUCCUUUUCCAGUGUUCGUGUGGAGACGCCCCUCCUGCUAGUGGUGAAUGGAAAGCCUCAGGGCUCCGGCAGUCAGGCUGCUGCCACGGUGGCAUCACGACCACAGUGUGAAUGACCUUUCCUUUUCCUGGCUUGCGUGCUACAGAGGUAGUGGUGGCGAGGAGAUAAGCGUGAGGCACUGGGCCACUGGGUCGGCCACACCCAGCGACUCCACUGGGUUUGGCAGGGGUGUAUUUUAAAUGGAGACUUUGCCAUCAUUCCUUGCUCUGGAAGAUCCUUUGUGUCUCUAACUCUUCCCUCUCAUGGUCCAGAUCCCUCCAGGGCCACACACUUCCCUGGUGUAUCUGCUGCCUCUUUGACUGCUGUCUCUUUGAAGCAGAGUGUAGCACUGGUGGAAAUAUUUGGAUCUUGCCAUGGGCAAAAAUCCCCAGGAUUCCUGCUCUUGCCUCCUUCCUGAGUCUAAUGUGUAUAUAUCAGUUCAGUAUUUAUUGCUAAGGAAAGGGGCUUAACUUUUUAAUGGCUUGAUUUUGGAGCAAUUUUUAUUUUUAUUUUAAA